AUGCAGAUCUCUUCGAUACUCUCUUUGGCGCUUCUGCCCUUGUUGGCCGUCGCUGAUGGCGCUACAAGCACCACAACCUCCACCACCAUCUUGUACAAGACCAUCACCAUCCAAAGGGCUGUUUCCACUUCUACCGCCUUCAACUCGACCUCGAGCUACUCGGCUACUGGCACCGGAGUCACCAAGAUCACUGCCUCCGCCACUACUGGCUCCAGCAUUACUGCAACAUCUCCCAUUGCCUCUGCUACCUCGACGCCCGACAACAGCGCUGGAUCUCUCGGCGCUGCCAAGGUUGCUGCUGCUGGACUGGUGGGAGUUGUCGUUGCUGCUUUCCUAUAA